AUGGCUGCCGCCGGCCUGGGAAGAGGGUGUUUGACACUGCCGGCGGCAGCCCUCGCCAAGGCACCGUCACUUUCGCCACAGCCGCCAGCAGCUCCCAUCCGAGGGAAGCCUAAGAAGUGUGUAAUCUAUCCGCAUCUGCCGAAGAGCUCCCGCCUGUCUCGUUCCGUUCUGCGCUGGCUCCAGGGCCUGGAUCUCAGCUUCUUCCCCAGGAACGUCAGCAGGGAUUUUUCAAAUGGUUUCUUGAUCGCAGAAAUAUUUUGUAUAUAUUACCCCUGGGACCUUAAAUUAUCAUCCUUUGAAAAUGGAACUUCUAUAAAAGUCAAAUUGGAUAACUGGGCACAGUUGGAGAAGUUCCUGGCAAGAAAAAAACUUAAAUUACCUAAAGAACUAAUUCAUGGAACAAUUCAUUGUAAAGCCGGAGUGCCUGAAAUACUGAUAGAAGAGGUUUACACUUUAUUAACACAUCGAGAAGUUAAAAGCAUCCAGGAUGACUUCGUGAAUUUCACAGACUAUAGUUACCAGAUGCGUUUACCCCUGGUUCCCAGGUCUACAGCUUCAAAGUCUAUUAAAGAUAAUAUUAAGUUAUCAGAAUUAUUAAGCAAUCCCAACUUGCUCAACAAUGAACUUAAAGUAGAGUUCCUCUUCCUUUUACACAUGUUGCAAAGAAAAUUAACCAGAAAAUUGAAUCCAAAAUGGUUUGACGUCAAACCAACAGUGGGAGAAAUCACUCUUGAUCGUCUUCCUGCCCAAGCUUAUGGGCGCAGAUAUAAAUCAAGGGUUUCAAGGGAAAGAGUUGCUCCCAUUUUAUGUAAUAGAGGUAACAGCGGCAAUUCACAUAGAGAAAUUCAUGUGAAGCAAGCUGCAAAACAAUCCUCUGAUUCUGUUAUAAAAUCUAUUAGAAACAUGGAAAAGAAACUUUGAAAAGCACCUGUCAAAUGGCUUUGAAGGAGUGAUGCCGUCAUCUCUCUCUAUACUAACAGGAUGUAAUC